UGUAAUACUUUCCAUAAACAUUAUAAUUUUCUUUCUACUAUAAUAAAAGAAUUCAUAUCUGAGAAUUGUAAGAAAAGUCACUUUGCACAUAAUCCAGUUAUGAGAAGAUCCAAAUUCGUUUAUAUCCUCCAAUGAUUUUUAUGAGAUAAGUAACUCACAAUGUGUUUGACAAAAUUCCUACUAAGGUGCUCAAAACUUCUUUGACAAAAUUCCUACUAAGUAAUAUUAAAAUUUUUUGAUGCAUAAUUUGAUGAAAACAAACUAUCAUAUGAUACAAAUACAAUGCUAACUACUGCCUGGUAAUCUAAAAAAUAAUUUUAUUUCGUAGGUGCGUGUAGAAUGUGGUUGAAGACUUAACGACUAUGAAUUCUGGAACUAUUGUAUGUUCAUUUUGAUAAAGUUGAUGCUUCUAUGUAUCUUUUUUUGAUUUUGCUGAUUAUUCUGGGUAUAAAUAGGAGAUUCUAUUGUGCAAUGGUGCUGCAAGCAUUGUAGGACAGUGCAUAAUUCAGCUUGCAAAAUUUCGUGGCAUCCAUUUAAUAUCGUCCCACCUCAUAGCCAAUAAGACAAUUCCACGUGUCACAAUCAGAGACUUCUAUUUAACGGAACAUAACUCAAUUCUUUGGCCCAAAUUCGAGGUAGUUACUUUGUCUUUUUUUUUUUUUGGAGAAGAAUGGUGUGGUGUACUCACUGUUCCAAAAAUAUUAUUGGAAUCCGUCCUUAUGAUUCUCAAUUAAGUUGUGAACUGUGUGGGAGAGUUCUAGACUAUUACAAUUAUUCCACUGAAGUGACAUUUGUUAAGAAUGCAUCUGGGCAGAGUCAAUUGUCAGGAAAUUUGAUAAGAACUAUUCAAAGUGAAUAUGGAGCCUCCCGGGAGCGGUUAUUGGAACGAGCUUUCGAUGACAUGAGACAAAUGAAGAAUGCCUUAGGUAUCGGUGACAGUGAUGAGAUAGUUCACAUAGCUAAACGUCUCUAUGGAAUGGCUGUUGCACGGAAUUUCACUAGGGGGCGUAGAGCAGAGCAAGUACAAGCUUCUUGUCUAUACUUUGCAUGCAGGGAGAAAAUGAAGCCAUUUCUUUUGAUUGACUUUGCAAAUUACUUAAAUGUCAAUGUUUAUGAGCUGGGUGGUGUAUAUUUGCAGCUGUGCCAAGUGUUGUACCUUGCAGACGAAUCCAAUAUACAGAAACAACUUGAUCCUUCCAUAUUUUUGCCUAAAUUUACUGACCGAUUACUACCAGGAGGGGAUAAGAAGGUUUGCAGUACUGCUCGGGAUAUCUUGGCUAGCAUGAAACGAAAUUGGAUUACGACAGGGAGAAAACCUAGUGGAUUGUGUGGUGCUGCUUUGUACGUAUCUGCACUUACACAUGGUCUCAAGUUCUCCAAGUCAGACAUUGUGAAAAUUGUACAUAUAUGUGAAGCUACACUCACAAAGCGGUUGACUGAAUUUGAGAACACAGAUUCUGGAAGCUUAACGAUUGAGGACUUCCUAGCUAGGAAUAAGGAGCUGCAAGGAAGUUGCUCAACUAAUCACCCCAGUUCUGUGUCGAAAGAAUCAAGCUUAACUGAGGUUCUUUGCAAACAUAAGGAUACUGGUAAACCAUUUGCAUAUGGGCUUUGUAGAAGUUGUUAUGAUGAAUUUAUGACAAUUUCAGAAGGACUUGAGGGAGGAGCAGAUCCUCCAGCUUUCCAGGCUGCUGAAAGAGAGAGAAUGGCCAAAGAAUCUGCUGAGGAAAAUACACUUUUUGAGGAAGAACUAGACAGCCCAGUUAUGAGCAAGGCUGCAAAAGUAAAGUUGGUAGAGCCACAAAGUAAUGGGCUUUCAGGAGCUGGUAGAAAGGAGGCAACUAGUAAUGGUGAUGAUUAUAGUAAAUCACCCAGACAUGAUGCUGGUACUGAAGCUUCAGAUGAAUCAGAUAACUUUUCAGACAUUGAUGAUCUUGAGGUUGAUGGCUACCUUCAUAAUGAGGAGGAGCAACAUCUCAAAAAAAUAAUUUGGGAAGAAAUGAACCGGGAGUAUGUUGAGGAACAAGCAGCAAAGGAAGCAGCUGCAGCAGCUGCCAGAGAAGCCUUUGAGGCUAGUUUCAAGGGGAAUCCUGAGGAAUUAAAAGCUGCAAGGGAGCUUGCUGCUGCUGCUCAAGCUAAUGUGGCCAAAUAUAAGAAGGAAAAACAACAAAAACGAGCUGCAGAAGCGAAAAACACUGCUCCUGCUCAGACUGCAUUGGAAGCCACUCGCCAAAUGCUGAAUAAAAAGAGACUCAGCUCCAAAAUCAACUAUGAAGUGCUGGAGAAACUUUUUGAGGAUUCUGAGGAUGCAGAUAAUACCAAAAAACCGCGAACUGAGUCACAAGACAAUGAUGACAAGUUGGCCGGUACAGGGAAAAAAGAGCAUAAGUGGGAUGAUACAUUAAAAGAUGGUGACCUGGGUGGAGAAGAUGAUUACAAUGAUGAGCAGGAUGUAGAAAAAAUGUUUUAUAAUGAGCUGGAUUAUGAAAAUCAAGACGACACUUUUGAUCUCGAAGAUGACUACUAAUUUGAACAUUGAUUUGUCUUAAUGGGUCCUAUCGUCACGAUCGACUGCCUUGGUCCAGCAAUCAGGACGAUUAUUUCUGCUGCGCUCUUUUUACCUGGAACUGGCCUCAAAGUUAAGCCUGGAAAAAUAUUCUGUUGUACUAACCUUUUUAUUUUCUUUUAUCAUAUAUUCUUGGAAUGCCUCACCAUUCAAGGGUGGAAACUGAAGCCUGAGAGAGGCCUUUGUCAAAUCUCACCUGAUAAAUCUGUAGUUCUUUGAAACAAUUGACGGUGUCUGUAUAUAAAAUUUUGUUGUCGUA